AUGCAUUCCAUCUUGCUCACUUUUGCGGCCGCUGGCCUUGCAUCCGUGGCUCAAGCCUUCACAAAGCCUGGCGAGGCCACCUGGGGUGCUCUCCUUACCCCCGACCUUACUCAUCCCGUCACUGCUGGUGAGGAUUUUGAAGUCACCUGGGACCCCAGUGGACACGAGACCGACGGUGUCACCGUCAGCCUUGUCCUUUGCCAUGGUCCAUCCUCCAACUGUGUACCAUCAGACACCGCCAUUGUCGAGGGCCUGCCUGCUGCCCAAAAGUCCUACCAAUGGUCAGUGCCCAGCGGCCUUGCUCCAGGCAAGCAAUCCACCGACACCGGCUAUGGUAUGUUGAUCAUUGUCGAUGGCACUGGCGAGUUCCAAUACUCGACGCAAUUCUCCGUCCUCAGCGGCAAAGGCUCCAGCGCAUCCUCUAGCACCUCGGUCAAGCCUACUGCUUCGACCGACUCUUCAGGUAGCAUCAUUCUCGGACCCCCCGCUCAACAGACCGGUUCAUCUGGCUGGGGCACCUCAACCGCUUCUCCCAACGGUACCGUUGCCUCAAACGGCUCUGGUUCCUGGGGGAGCACCACUGCCACUGGCGCUACAUCCACCUACACUGAUGGUGGCUCAUUCACCUUCGACGGCACUACGUACGCUUCUACCCUCGCCACUCAGACCAGCGGACAGCCUGGUACGACAGCCGCAGCUGGUGGCAGCUCCACCACCGCCAGCGCCCCUGCAAAUAGCGCAUCUACCUUCGCCGGCGCCGCUGAUCAUCUGAGCUUGAAUGCUGCCGGUCUCGCUGUCGCUGGUGUUGUCGCCAUAUUCGCCCUAUGA